AUAAAAGCAAUAUAUUUCGAUCGUUUCGUUUGCGGCCGUAUAUAAUAAAACUUUAAAUUAGAAUUGUGGUUUAACUUCCGUGCACGUGCGCUUGAAAUUUUUGAGCGCGUCACGCUUUCACUUUCUCCUACAGAGAAGAUAAAAAACAACAACAAUUACAAUAGACGACCGACCACGACGAAGAAGAGCAACACACAGAAAAGCCGAGCGCGAGGCUGGUAAGCAAGCAUGAGUGGAGAAAAUAGCAGACAAGCAGAAACGGACGACAACAGUAGCAACAACAACAGUAAGAAGAACAAGAGCAACUGGACAAAGAACACGGCGAAAUUUGUUUAAAAAUAGUAUUUAAAAUCUUUAUGAAAAGAAAUUGUAAUAAAUGCAGGCGCAACAACAAUAGUACUGACCACGACCACAAAUGAGCGCGACGCAACAGCAACAACAAAUACAACUGGAAAUUAACCCGAAAGCAUCGGCAGCGACGUGUGUGUGUGCGCUUGUUUGCGUUGGAACGCACAAAUUAUAAUUUAGGUCAAAUGCGUGUUGAAGAAGCCAGAACACGAGCCAGCAUUUGGAAAUUCAAUUGACAAUUGCAGAACCAAGACUAGAAGUACACAUCAAAUUGCGAUUGCGUUGCAAACUCAUAAAAUCUCUAUGCCAGGAUAACGCACAACAUGGACAACACCCAACCGCAACAACAGUCGUCUCGAAAUCGCCUGCCCUCCGCCUCAUCAGCAGCACCAUCAGCAGGCAGCCCACCAUUGAGCGCUAGUCUAGGCGGCGGUCCCAAUGCCACAGCAGCUAGCAGCAUUUUGGGAGCUGAGACCACAUCUAAUAGUCCGCAUCAGCAGCACAGUCGACCUGGCAAUAUCGGACAUCAGCGUAGCCAUAGCAUAACAAAUACCGCCGCUACAUCCCUUGCAAAUCUCAUAGACGGCUUUACGGCGCGUGUGGCCAGCACAGCGGUUAGUGUGGCCGGCGGUGGCAUCUUGGAUCGCAGCCACAGUGCCGCCAGCACGCCCAGCUCAACGACAUCCGGUGGUCUGGCGAGCAUUGGCAUUGGUCCCGGUUCGAUAGCUAGUUUAACGAGCAUUGGCUCACUGGGCACCACAGCUAAUGCAUUUUACUCCUCAAUAGGCAGUGCUCUCAAUUCGAUAACAUCACCCAUUACGGCAGCAGCUGCCGCUGCUACUGCCACAACCACUGAGGUGGUUGUAGCCGCCGCCUCUGCCAUCACAAAUCACCUCAGCUCGCCCACCAGCGGCUCCCCGCCCCAUGGUCUCGGGGAUGAUGACGAUGACUGCGAUGAUUGCGAAGACGAUGACGAGGAUGGUGUGGACAAUGAUGGUCACAUUGCGGCGCCAACUCCCAAAAAAACCUGGGCUGAGAACAAAACCGUUGUUCAAGAGAUGCGCAAACAAUUGUCCAAUUUGUCCACUAUGGUGCCAACAAAUGUGGAAUUUCGCAACUUAUCAGAUGGUCGAGCGCGUUGCUAUUUCCUUAGCACUCCCCCGCAAACGUGGGAGACAACAUUGCUCUUCAUUGACAUCAACUUGAGACAGCGCAAUGAGCAGCAGCUUCUCGUUCAGGAAUUGGGGCAUGUCGAGACAAUUGGCGGCGAUGGCACUGGAUCAAAUGCAGCAACAACAACAACAACGAACAUGCACUCUGGCGCCAGCUCGCCAACGCCAAGCUCCUCGGCUACACCUUCGUUUCAUUUUGGUGGCGGCCUCGGACAACCGCGACUGCACAAGCCAAGACUACCCUGGCAUCCGGUACUGCAACAGCCAAUACCGAGCGCCACAAUCACCAGCAGCAGCAGCAGUGGUGGCAGCAACAGCAGCGGUUCUAGCAAUCCCUAUGCACGUGAAUUCCAACUACUGCAGGAGCGCAAACGCCUCCCCACCUGGGGCAUUACCUCCUAUGAGUUGCACAAGCCUAGUGGCAAGAUUGUGUUCCCCUGUUUCAAUGACUUGUAUCAAUGCCUGGACACGGGCUAUAAUACGGGUCUACUAUUUCCCACACAGCUGCGCACAUGUCCUCAGUGGGCCGCACUGGACCCGCAAAUAUGUCCGCAGAACUCCGAUCUGAUUGCCUACAUCAGUGACUGUGAUAUUUGGGUGACGCACACGCUCAGCGGCAACGAGAAGCGUUUGACUUUCACGAGCAGUGGUCGUCGGACGUAUGCGGAUGAUGCCCUCAGUGCCGGCGUUCCCUCGUAUGUCAUGCAGGAAGAAUUCAGUCGGUAUCAAGGAUACUGGUGGCAGCCGCACUCAGAAGAUGGCAUCUAUCGCAUUGUGUACGAAGAGGUGGACGAAACAGAUGUAUCCCUGUAUACGUUUCCAUCAUCAUCGACGGCUGUGCCGGGCGAGGUAGAUGAGUAUCGAUUUCCACGUUCUGGCACCACCAAUGCCAAGUCUAAGCUCAAAAUGGUGCAAUUCGUGCUGAACGAAGCAUUGCAAAUUAGUGAGAUCUGUACCAAGGAUUUGCCUUACUCCCUGCUCGCUGUUUUCCCAUGGCUGGAAUAUAUAGUGCGAGUCGGCUGGACGCCGGAUGCCAAUUAUGUGUGGCUGCAGGGUCUGGAUCGUAAGCAGCAACGUUUGGACGUGCUGCUCAUACCGCUGGACAACUUUUGCGAGUCUUACAGCAGUCAGGUGUCCACACCCACAGACUCGAUCGGGGACCACAGCUGGCGCAGUCCCUACAAUCGCACCAUAACGCCACUGCAGGUCAUCUAUACAGAGCAUUCGGAGAGCUGGAUAAAUGUGCAUGAUUUACUUUAUUUUCUGGAGUUCACAGACCGUACGGUCACAUAUGUCUGGGCCUCCGAGGAGACGGGCUUCAGGCAUUUGUACUUGGUUACCUCCAGUCUGCUGUUUACGCACGUCAAUGGCUGUCAGCAGGACGUAGGAUCGGCAGCUCAACAGCAAUCACAGCCCUCUUUUCUGGAACCGGCAGCGUUGCAACCGCGCAUUGUUAAUAAAGUGGCACUCACAUCCGGCGAAUGGGAGGUGUUGGCACGCAGUCUUUGGGUGGAUAAACCGAAACAGCUAGUCUACUUUGUAGGACUGCGUGAUACGCCGCUGGAAAAGCAUUUGUAUGUGGUCAGUUUGCAGCGGCCAGAGCACAUACGUCUGCUCACCGAACCAGGCUACUCGUAUCUGGUGGAAUUUGAUGAUCAAUGCCAUCUGAUGCUGUUGGUCUAUUGUAAUAUCCAGCGUCUGCCCAGCUGUAAGGUGAUGCGUGUAACGCAAACAUGCCAGAAUGGCGGCGUCAAUGGCAUUCAAAUCUCAUUGGUGGGCUAUUUGCAUGAGGGGGGGAAGCCGGAGCCACAGUAUUGUCCGCAAAUAUUUCGACCACAACUGCCAUCUGGUGAAAUAGUCUAUGCCAUGGUGUUCAAGCCGCAUAAUUUUCAGUUGGGUGUCAAGUAUCCGACUGUUCUGAAUGUCUACGGCGGACCCGAGGUCCAAACGGUCAACAAUACGUUCAAGGGAAAACAUCAGCUGCGCAUGCACAUGCUGGCCGCCCAGGGCUAUUGUGUCGUCUGCAUUGAUUCCCGUGGCUCCCGACAUCGGGGCAUACGCUUUGAGAGUCAUAUACGCGGGCGCAUGGGUCAAGUAGAACUAACAGACCAAGUGGAUGCCCUGCGCAUACUGGCCGAUCAGUUGGGAUACAUUGACAUGGAACGAGUUGCCAUACAUGGCUGGUCCUAUGGCGGCUACCUCAGCCUAAUGGGUUUGGUGCAGUAUCCGGAAAUCUUUAAGGUGGCCAUUGCAGGCGCUCCAGUUACGAAUUGGGAGUAUUACGACACUGGCUAUACGGAACGAUAUAUGGAUUUGCCGCAGCAUAACGAGGCCGGCUAUACGGCGGGCUCAGUGCUCAAUUACGUGCAAUCGUUUCCCGAGGAGGAUAAUCGUUUGCUGCUCAUACACGGGCUCAUCGAUGAGAACGUGCACUUCUAUCAUACGUCGCAGCUGAUCAGCGCCCUGAAUAAGGCUAAUAAGCCGUAUUCGUUGCAUAUAUUCCCCGAGGAGCGGCAUUCGUUGCGAAAUUUGGAAUCGAAUAAAAACUACGAAACGAAAUUACUAUCCUUCUUGCAAAACUUAUGAGAUUCGUAAAAAUGGCACAAUACAUUAUCCUUGCAUACAUACACACACACACAGCGCUAGUUUAUCGUUUGUCGUCGUCCUGUUAGUGUUUUUAUAUAAAACCCGAACCCACAUAUAGCGCCCCAUGAUAUCAAUAAUUGCAUAUAUGUCUAUAUAUAUUAUUGUAAUAAAAUUCACAUAAAAUUUGCAAAA